AUGGGUACAAAUAAUUCCAAAGAAAAUCCGAACUUAAUAUUGUCAAAUAUUGAUAAUAAUCAUACGCAGCAAACAUCAAUCAAGAAUAAAAGAUCAAUAAUUAAUAAGAAUAAGAAAAAAACAAUAAAUUAUUGCGGAUGGCAAGAAAUUUGUCGAUGUACACAUGCGGAUUGGCUUCAUGGAAAUGCUGAAUUAUUUGGUUUUGUUCAACAUAAAUUUAUUUGUAAUUCAGAACUUCAUAGUAUAUGUGCUCCAGGUUUUUGUUCGGAAUCAUUAUCACGUAAACUUCAUAAUGGUUCUUAUCGAUCAACAACAAAAAAUUUUCAAUCGACAACAUCAAUAAAAAGUAAAAAAUUACGUGAACAUUUUGAAUACAAUCAUAUACCAGCAAUGAUUAGUUCAUUACAAAAUUUUUCUGUUCAUGGAAUUAUUAAUGGUUGUUCAGAUCAUGGUGAUACAAUUAUGUUAUUAAUUUAUUCGAUUGUUUUAGAAAAAACAAAAUUUAUUAUUGUGGAUUUAAAAUUAAAUCGUUAUAUUUGUGCAUUAGGUGAUGAUUAUAAUGGUUUAAUUGACGCGAAGAAAGUUCAUGCAGCUUGGUCUAUGGAUAGAACACAAGUUAUUAUACGUACACCAAUUACUGGUGGAACAGCUGCAUUAGAUUUUUAUAAAAUUGUAAAAAAAGAAGCGAAAUUAUAUCGUCGAAUUGUUCCAAUUGAUAUCAAUACUCAAUUUCAAUUUUGUCCAAAUUAUUGGUCAUCUCGUUUAGCUCUAUAUACAUAUUCAACUGAAGCAACACCAACAUCAUUAAUUAAUUUUAAUAUUAACUCAUUAUCACCUAGUGGUUCAAAUAAAAUUCAAAGUCAAACCAUUCCAUUACAUCAACAACUCACUGGUUCAUAUUUAUAUUUAAUGAAUGUACAUACAUGGUCAAUUUCUAAAAAUCAAAAUAUUAUAAUUGAUGAUACUUUUCGUCUUUUAUCAAUUUCAUAUACACCUGAUAGUGUAUAUUUAAUAUUAACAUUUGUAGAUAAUCUAUGUCAUUGUGGACAAACAUUACCUAUUAGUUAUUUUGAUAUAUAUCAAUCAAAUACUCUUCAACGUCUUCAUCGUAUACAUACACAACUUGUAUCACAUAUAUGUCCUUGGCAUAUGUGUCGAAAUAUUUUAACACCAAUUUAUUCUGUUUCAUCAUCACGUAUGGCAUUUUGUACAACAAAAAAUAAUGGCGGUCGUGAAUUACAAAUAUCAGUUAUUGUUUUACCUAAUGAACUUAAUUUAAAAUCUAUUUGUCGUCGUAUGAUUAUUCAUUAUUUAAAUGAAUUCAAUGGGAAAAUUGAAGAUAUUACAAGUGAACUUCCAUAUCGUCUCAGUCAAUAUAUUCAAUAUCGGCCAGAAUAUCAAUAA